CACAGCCCUGCCCCAACUGGCAAAGCGUGGACUCCACCUCAGCUAGCAGGAAGCACACGCUGAGCGCUGGACCUGGUGCUAGGCAGGGGCUGGGAGUUCAGUGAGUCGGCUCUGCCCAGAGAGGGGCUGGUGGUGCUCUGUGGGAGCUGCUGCUGAACAAUCCCUCAUUGCUGCGAGAUGACUAACGUUGAAAGGCUGGUUCAGGAGGUGGAUGUAGGCCGGUGUGUGGGCAUCCAGAUAACCAACAACACCAGAGACGUGACCCUUGAGUUCCCCAGGAAUUACUGUUUCAGCGGCUGGGCCAAGAUAGACCUUGUGCCCCUGAUCCCUCCUGGCUCCGCGGGGAGCUUCCUGUUUGUGAAAACAAGAUCAAUAGCCCGCGGGAGCGUCGGGGUGCUGAGCUACGAGUCCAACGCCUUCACCCUGGCCCUCAUGUUCUCCAACCCCUUCAACCGCAUGCUCUAUGACAUGGAGUUUGCCCUCGAGCUCUUCACUGGCAGGAAGCACUUCCACAGCAUGGAUCGCCUCUACCACUACAUGUACAGCCACGACCCUCCCUACAUGUGCGACUCCUUCCAGAAAAGGAGGCUCAUUGAUGGCAAGGAUGGUGAGCUGGAGGUGACCAGCCAGGAGAUCCAGGUGAUGGCCACCAUGUCCAACCAGAAGAAGUCCAUCAUUAAAGUGCAGAUUGAGCAGAGAGACCACUGCCCGUCCUACGCUGCCCACGCAGCCAACCUGGAGGGCACAGAGGAAUGACCUAGUGCGACAGACGAGGGGGCCGUGGGUGGGAACUCCAGUAAAUAGUGACUCUUUCCCAUCCCAAGUGUACAGACACGUGCUAGCUCUGCUUGAGUUACCCACAGUGUGGCCACAGAGGCCUGUGCUGCAGGAGGAGCCAGCCACCCUGGGUAUGUAGCCUGAGCCGCUGCCCAGGACUGCUGUAUUUAUCAUGCUAGCACGUCUGUCUACCCAGGCUGGGAGGCAUCCUCACAGCUGCCUGGGGACGUACCCGCAGGAGAGCUGAGGUGGCCCCAAACAGAGAUCCCUAGUCACCAGUUCUGCCUGCCUUUGCCCAACCAGAUCACUAAAUUGUGAGGCCCCAAGGCCUAUUUUGACCAUCCAGUCUGACCUGGGAACAGCACCGGGCGAUCCCUGCCCCCAGCCCGACAGUUGGGGACUGAAGACGAGAGGCAGCCGAUCUGUGUAAAGCCGGUUGCCCUUCAUUUGGUUGUGGCCCAGAAUGCCCCUUUGCUGCGACAAGGCUUCCGGGAGACCCACAAAGAGAAACAUCUGCUGCCUGUUUAAAGUUGGGUUAAAAAUAAACGAAAUGAUUUUCACUUCCUCC